AUGGCAGUAUUAGAUUUGCUGCGAGUGUGGCUUCGCCUUGUGAUCCAGCUGUUCCUAGGUCUGAUUGGAGCAGUGCCAGUGCACGUUGCGUUUGUCAUGGAUGGCAACCGUCGCUAUGCGGAGCGGCAGCACCUUGAUAAGGCCACAGGACACACGCACGGCUAUGGAAAGAUGGUCGAUGUCAUCCACUGGUGUAUAGAGCUGGGCGUCAAGUACAUAACAGUGUAUGCCUUCAGCAUUGACAACUUUAAGCGCUCGCCUGACGAGGUGGCUGCCUUGAUGCAGCUGGCGGAGCAAAAGUACAUCGAAUUGGCCCAGGAUAACGGACUCGCGGAGCGGGAGGGCAUCCGAAUGCACAUCGUGGGCGACCUUGAGCUGCCGCCACCUGCCGUACAGGGCGCUGCAGCACGGCUCAUGCGGGGCACCGCUGCGCUCCCUCGCCACCGAGCGACACUCAACGUUUGUUUCUCCUACACGGCGAGCGAGGAAUCCGUGAAUGCCGUACAUGAAAUCCAACAAGCCGUACGCGAUGGGCUGCUGCUGCCCGGCGACGUGACGUCGGAGACGUUGAUGGGAGCGCUGCACACCGGCUCCUCGUGCCCGCCCGUCGAUCUGCUGAUUCGAACAUCAGGAGAGACCCGUCUGUCGGACUUCCUGCUGUGGCAGGCGGCCCACGCGCACCUCUGUUACCUACGCACCCUCUGGCCAGAUCUGUCGUACUGGGACUUUGCGCGAUGCGUGAUGUCGUACAAGCGACAUGCGGGCACACUGGCGGCGUUGCGACGC